AUGAAGCGGAUACUGCUUGUAACGGCUGUUUUGGCGACAGCAAACGCCUGCCUAACGACCGCCAGCCGUACGUACAGCGCUGGCCCCACCUACACCGCUCCACAAGCUGCGGCCGUGGCCCGAGGAGCCCCAAAUACCGCUCCUGCUCAGCCGUUAACUGGCAACUCGCCGAAUGCGCCUCAUCAAUCAGUGUUGCAAUACCUCCUCGGCCAGAAGAUCAAGACUAGCGAAUUUUCCGCUGACGGUUACAACAAUGAGGGUGGUGGACCUGUCAACCGAGGAGCCGCCCUGUCCUGUUAUAUGGACGGCCGACCUUGCUGCUGGGCCAACGUUCCGCCCCCAGAUGAUCAGCUCGAUUGGCAGAUUGCCACCGGAAAGCCCGACACGGCACGUUUCCAGAAUGUUCCGGCCCCAGAAGGCAGCUACCUGAUCGCGUACGCUCGCGGAGCUGCGCCUUCAGAUGAAGCUCAAUUCGCUUCGUGUGCCAUCGCCUGCGCGUCAUCGCCGAUCACCGUCCGCGCCAAGCAUUGGCAAUCGGAGAACGUGCUUCUCCAAGUGUGCCAGCGCGAGUCGUUCCCGAACGCCGUCAACUUCAACCCGUUGUUGAACUGCCAGGAGUUCCCUCAGGUUAACGGAAUUGGCACGACCGAGCUGGUGUUGCCAAAAGCUUCGCUCAUCGAUAUCAUCUUCGUCGCCUCCAACUUUGUUGGUGAGAACGGCGAUAUGGCCAUCCUCGACGACAUCGAGGUGUCGUACGACUCCAACGGACCCGAGUGCGCUCGCGAGGAGGAGAAUGGAGCUGAAGCUGCUCAGAGGCUGACCGUCGAAACCAACUCCGCUGGAAAGAGCGCCACCCUCACCGACAAGGAGUUCAGCGAGGCUGAGAAGGACUUGGCCGGACGCAAGCGGACCAUUGAGGAUCGAUUGAACAUGAAGGUUGAGUCGACUGAAGUUGAGGGAGAGGAGAUUCAUGGAGAUGACCAUGUUGUUGAAUCCACCCGCAAGGCGCACGGUGAGCAGACCGUCGUUGCCGCCGAGAGCGAGGCGUUCAGUAAGGAUAUUUGCGAGAACACCAAGUGUGACUUCGAAGAUGGCACCACCUGCCACUACAAAGAUGCCCACCAAACACAGUCGAUCCGAGGCCUCACCACCAAGUUCCAGGUCGUCUCCGGACAGUUCAUGAACAGGGUGACCGGAGUUAGGGAAAGCAUUGAGGGCUCGUACUACGCCGCCACCUUCUUGUUCCCACGUGAAAUGGCCGGAUUGGAGGUCCAGAACGCGCCGUUCACCGAGAACUCACGACUUCGAUUCCAUUACUACGAGGGAACACACGGAGUUCAGCUUAAGGGCUGCUGCGAUUCCCUCGAUAGCUGUCCCUUCUCCUCCGACAAGUUCGUGAAGGUCAGCGACCGCGUCUGGAAGACGGCAUCGCUCAAGUGUCCUAAGGGCACCGAGAAGGUGAUCUUCGUCUGCGAGAACACUCGAACGAACCAGGGCGCCUGCGCCAUCGACGAGAUCCGCAUGGUGGAGCCGAGCGGAAAGAUUGCUCAAGUCAAGCCGCUGUGC